AUGGCUGAAAAAUUAAACAAGAAGGCUUCUAUCAGAACUACCGGAAAAUUGGAUAGGAAGGUAGUCAGCAAAACUGCUAGUAAAUUGGACAAGAAGGCGGCUAGUAAAACUACUCAAAAGAAGGCAGUUAUUACUACCAAUAAUCUAGACAAAGCUCAAAUUAAGAAGAUUUUUGACGUUUUUGACUAUAACGGUAAUGGUAUCUUGUCUCUCGCUGAAAUUGAUAAAGCUGUUAUUGAACUCUAUCCUCACCUCGCAAAAGAUAAGCCUGCCAUCAUGCGAGCUUAUAAAGCUGCCGAUACUUCCAAAGAUGGUUUCAUUGAUUUCAAAGAAUUUGGUCGUCUCAUCGAUCUUCUUCAUUACUACAAUGAGCUAUUCAAAAUAUUUAAUAAACUUGAUAUAGAUAAUGACAGGCGUAUCGAUUUUGGAGAAUUCAAAAAAGGUCAUAAAUUAAUUGGAAUAAAUGUGGUAUCAAAUAAAGAACUUAAAGCCAAGUUCAAUGAAAUUGAUACGAACCUUGGAGGUUACAUUCUCUUUGAUGAGUUCUGCAUUUAUGCUGCAAAGAUAAAAUUGAUAUCCGAUAUACCUCAAGAUACUCAAGAUACUCAAAAUAGUCAAGAAGAAAUACCACAGGACGUUCAGAAUAAACAAGAAGUUCAGGAAACUCAAACAAAAUUAUAA